AUGGUGUUCCGCACACGCACUGGGCGGACAUGCCUUCCACUGGACUACCGUGCCUUAGAGCCCUUUGCUCUUAAUGUUACCAGUUUGAGGCGCCCGCCUCCUGCGCUACAGUUCUCUGACAGUUAUCACGUCACCAACACGUCACCAACACCACGUCACCAACCACCAGCACGUCACCAACAACCAGCACGUCACCACACGUCACCAACACCAGCAGUCACCAGCACGUCACCACACCAGCACGUCACCACGUCACCAACACCAGCACGUCACCAGCACGUCACCAACACCAGCACGUCACCAACACCAGCACGUCACCAACACCAGCACGCACCAGCGUCACCAGCACGUCACCAGCACGUCACCAACACCAGCACGCCACCACACCAGUACGUCACCAGCACGUCACCAACACCAGCACGUCACCAGCACGUCACCACACCAGCACGUCACCAGCACGUCACCCACACCAGCACGUCACCAACACCAGCGCGUCACCACCACCAGCGCGUCGCCGUCAGCGCGUCCAGCACCCACCAGUGCGUCACCAACACCCACCAGCGCGUCACCGACACCCACCAGCGCGUCACCAACACCCACCAGCGCGUCAGCAACACCCACCAGCGCGUCACCAACAUUCACCAGCGCGUCACCAGCACCCACCAGCGCGUCACCAACACCUUACCAACACAAACACGUCACCAUCACUACUCGUCACCCACAUGA